AUGGCUGCUGCCUUCACAGACCACACACAACACCAACAUUCGACACAUACAGCACAUGAGUGGCCCGGGGGUACCUUUGGCCUCAAGUCUGGCGAUAUGUCCUGGAUGGUCCUGGAUGGCAACUCCACUCAUAUGGACGCCCCUCUAUCUGCUACAGACGGCGGCUUCACCAUGGACCUUGGUCCCGAGAUGUACAAUACGCCCUUGCAGCCACACGACGCAAUUCCCUUCGGCACCAUCAUCCCCUCACAAAUUUCGAACACGGCGCCUGACGACGUCGCGUCGGCCAUAGACUCGUGGCUAAUGUCCGCGCCACACACAGGGUCGCCAGAUGCAACGGCAAGUUUCGCGUCACAGUCUACGCCGUCGGACACGACGGCUCUUCCGAGCAGCAACAAGAAGAAGAAGACGAUACGCGAGAAGAACCGAAUGGCUGCGACAAAGUAUCGCGACAAGACGAAAUGUGAAAUUACAGAGCUCGUGAAGACAGAGCAAUGGCUCUCCGAGAAGAACAGUGCCUUAAAGGCCCACGUCAAGUAUUUAUGCGAUGAGAUCCUCGCCCUCAAGACGGAGAUCCUGCGACAUGGCACUUGCGAGAGCCAGCUCAUCCAGGACUACAUCAUGGAGAGGGCUAGCUGGUUCUACGUCUCCCAUGUGGACUGA